CCAUCCAGGCAUCACUACAGCGAGACGCCAGGCCUAGACAAGCCUUCACAUUUCCAUACACAACACACCGAUGAACUGCAGCGGUAAUUGCGAGGAGCUGGAAAGACCAUAUUUCCGAUGUCUCUCCAUCCUGCUUGAUCGCGGGAUCGCAGGAAUAGGAGUCGUGGCUCGAUCCGAUCCGUAAUCACAGCCUCGCAUAUCCCGCCAACCUUCGCUUUCUUUCUUUUUUUUAACAAACGAUCGCAAGACAGAUUUUAUUUUAAUCGGAGUUGUUAUCGUCCUGAUCGUUAACCUCGACCCGUGAUUCUGAACGAAGCUCUCAGCACCGGACAGCUCCUCGGCCGCUCCGUCGAACCCCCACGCUGAGGCGACAUCGUGAUUGACACCAGAAACGACCAAACACGAAUCAAGCCCACUUCACGAGCCCUAUAAGAUAAUCAAGGAGACGGGCUCAGCGGUGUCUCCGCUGUUUAGUUACUGCUUGUUGUGUCGGAGGAGGGCGGAGUGUAUUUGUCAUCCAAGUGUGAAGUAGCCUGACUCGACUCCUACCCAAAUAACCGGGUUUUCCCACUCCCUCACUUCCCUCAAACCCGCUCAAUGUAGGAGACACUCAUCAUCACAAUCUAACCCGCUGAAGACGUCAGGCGGAACGGCAGGUCAGUCUUGCUGGUGUCUUGGGUCGCACACGAAACGCGAGACGAUCGGAGAAGCCACAGCCGCCAAGCGCAUACUCACAUCAGAGCGCGAGAUCUGACAUCUGGGGAGGAGGAGAAGAAGAACAGAGGAAUUUACGAGCCCAUUUCAAACGUUAUUAUAGAUUUCUUGGUGGAGGACCGUAGCUUGGGGCUCGCUGAUCCAUCACUAGAAGUGAUGGUUUAGAGAGGAAUCGCCCGGAUUGAUACCAGUUCCCCCCAUCAGCUCUGAGCGACUGGGGGGUGGGGGGGGUGGGGGGGAGAUGGCUGUUUUCCGGUUCACGUUGCUGUUGCAAGUGGGAAUUGUUAUUGGAUUAAGUCACACAUAUGCAGAAUGGUCCGCGCGCGAGAGCGAUGUCAGACGGCGGCCAGCGAACAACAGCACUGGGAGCAACCCUCGCCUCGCGCACCUCAGCGCCCUCCGCUCCCCCAAAGAUGCGGCGGAGCGCGCGCAGAAGACCGGUGGGCAUCUCCCGAAGGUGGUCACGGCUUUCCUACACACGGGGGAUUCCAGCACUUUAAAACACGCCAACUGUUCCCGGAGAUACGAGCUCACCUCUCUGCGGGCAAGGUCACACGCGAGCCCUCAUCCCUCCAUGGGCAGCGUGCUCGACACGGUGGUGCACGCCACAAACUUCCUGAACAUGAUGCUCCAGGCCAACAGGUCCAGGGAGCAGAGUCUGCGGCGAGACAUCGAGUGGUACCAUGCCCUGGUGAGGAGCGUGCUGGAGGGAGACCCGAAGAUUCACCGGGCGGUGGUCACGUUCAACACGGAGCCGUCCUCCGCGGGGCCCUCGGUGCUUCUUCAGGCGACCCGGGCGGGCGGGGAGAUCGUUCUGCAGGACCUUUCCGCCACGGCCCAGCAGCACCUGAAGGACCGCACAGUGGAGACCGAGUGGUACCAUGACGUGAAGAACAGGAAAAUGCCCAAUUUUCACAAGCGAGUGUUGAGUCAGGACUUCACGUCUGUGGACAAUUCUUUGAAAAGAGGCGAGAGUUUCAUUCCAGACAAAACCAACAUCAAGUGGUCUGCCCCGUACCUGGAGUGUGAGAACGGGAACUUCGUCCCCCGAUGGCUCCUGACCCUGUCGGCUGGAUUCUACGGCCUCAAGGCCAGCCUGGCGCCAGACUUCAGGGGUGUGGUGCGCGUGGACAUUAAUCUACAGGAUGUAGAUAUCGACCAGUGCUCCACCGACGGCUGGUUUGCAGGAACCCAUCGAUGCAACCUAACCACCAUGGAGUGCCUGCCCAUCGGUGGUCAUGGGUUCGUCCUGGACAAAUACACCUGCCUCUGCCGGAGAGGCUUCUACCAUCCCAACCGUGUGGCUGUCAAUGGGUUCACAAGGGAGGCUGAGGCUGGGAGACCGUCCCAGAGGGAGGACAGCAGCCCCGGGGGGGACGAGGCCGGACCCUCGUCGUCCUCCAGCGCCUGCAUGCCCUGCGCAGAGGGCUGCGCGUACUGCCGGGACGACGCCCCCUGCCUGGCGCGCGACGACGGCCCGUUGCGCCUGGCCGUGCUGGCCUUCCAGUGCAUGUGCAUGCUGCUGCUCUUUGCCAGCAUGGUGCUGGUCUACCGCUACCGCAGGAACAAGGGCAUCCGGGCGUCUGGGCUGAUUCUGCUGGAGGCCAUCCUGUGUGGAGCGCUGCUGCUGUACUUUCCUGUCCUCAUCCUGUACUUCCAGCCCAGCGUGUUCCGCUGCAUCCUCCUCAGAUGGGUUCGACUGCUGGGCUUCUCCACCGUCUACGGCACCCUCACCCUGAAGCUGUACCGGGUCCUGAAGGUGUUCCUGUCGCGCACGGCGCAGCGCGUCCCGUACAUGACCAGCUGGCGGGUGCUGCGUCUGCUGGGCAUCAUCAUGCUGGUGGUCUGCUGGUUCCUGGUGGCCUGGACCUCCGCCGUGUGCCAGCACCCGGACCCCCGGGGGGCCCUCAUCCACGUGGGCUACACCCCCGACCGGCUGCAGUUCAGCAUGUGUCUGAUGGACCGCUGGGACUACAUGAUGGCCGUCGCUGAGUUCCUGUUCCUGCUGUGGUCCGUGUACCUGUGUUUUGCCGUGCGCACCGUCCCGUCGGCGUUCCACGAGCCGCGCUACAUGGCCUGCGCGGUCCACAACGAGCUCGUCCUGUCGGCCAUCUUCUACAUCGUCAGGUUCACACUGGCUUCAGAGCUCCACCCAGACUGGAUGCUGCUGCUGUUCUUCACCCACACCCACCUCACUGUCACGGUCACGCUAGGCCUGCUGCUUGUCCCCAAGUUCCUGUUCACCGUGAGCCACCUGAGAGACGACAUCGCCUCCGAGGCCUACGAGGACGAGAUGGACAUGGGUCGCUCCGGGUCCUACCUCAACAGCAGCAUCACGUCGGCCUGGAGCGAGCACAGCCUGGACCCCGAGGACAUACGGGAGGAGCUGAAGAAGCUGUACUCCCAGUUGGAGAUCUACAAGCGGAAGAAGAUGCUGGCCAACAACCCUCACCUGCAGAAGAAGCGGAGCUCCAAGAAGGGUCUGGGCCGCUCCCUGAUGCGGCGCAUCACCGAGAUCCCCGAGUCGGUGCACCGGCAGUGCAGCCGCGACGACAAGGAGUCGGGGGAGCAUGGCAGCAACCGCAACAGCAUCUGCCAGCUGAGGAAGAACCCCUUCGAACCGGCUCUCCAGCCGGGCAAGACCACCCAAGUCAAGGAGGAGCCCCUGAAGAACAAGGUCUUCUCCCUGAAGAAGUCCCACAGCAGCUAUGACCACGUCCGGGACCCCGGCGAGGACUCCAACGGCUCCGCCAUGGACAAGAUGGAGGUCUCCGAGGCCGAAGGCUCACUCCUGGACACCCUCAUGGGCAAGAAGCUGGUCCGGAAGAAUUCCGACGAGAAAGUGGACGCCGCCAGUGAAUCCACCGAGUCGGUUCCUUUGGUGUGCAAGUCGGCCAGUGCGCAUAACCUAACGGCGGACAAGAAGCCACUCCACCCGAGGACGUCCAUGCUGCAGAAGUCACUAAGUGUCAUCGCGAGUGCCAAGGAAAAGACGAUGGGCUUGGCGGGGAAGAGUGUGGAGGACAGCAGCAAGAGGAGCCAGCCGAAGACCAAAGACACAAAGACGUCGGCCCUCGACCCGGAGGAAGAGUGCCAGCCCAAGAUGAUCAACAGCCAAUCGGUGGAGUACAAGCAGACGGCGGCCAAAGGCGGCAUCAUGAAGCAGCAAGUGAGCGGCAGCCAGCCGUCCAUCUGCUCCGACCCGGCCAAGAGCAAGGAGCUCUAUGACCUGUCCGAGGUGUGUCCCUGGGAGGUGGAGGACCUCCCAACCCCGUCUGAGAACAAGGUGCAGAAGCACGUGUCCAUUGCGCCGAAGGAGACCACAACGCACCAUGGUGCAGGAACCAAAGCGGUGAAGCCCCAGCAGCAGCAGAAGCAGCAGAAGGCUUCGGACCUGUCCCCGUCCAACCCCAGGAACUCUAAAGAAAUCCCCAGAAAUACUGUGGAACGAGCCGAUGUAUGUCCAUGGGAAGAAGGGGGUGGAGGUGAGGUUGGCCAUUCGGAAGAAUCAAAACCCUCUGGUCAGACUAGAAAGCCUGGACAGCCUUCCCCAAGCCCUCAACCUCAAACCUCUCGGGUGGAUGUUUGCCCCUGGGACGCUGAGGAAGUCCCAGACGAUUCGGCGCACUCGCAGGACACAUCAAAACAGAGGAAGUCCACGACGCAAGCCGAUGGGGGCAAGGGUAAAAGUGGCCAUUUAGACCCCUCCAAAACAGCCAGCUCUCUGCAGACCUCGAUAGCAAUAGCUGAUGUUUGUCCCUGGGAUUCGACGGCAAGAGCAGACGUGUGUCCCUGGGAAUCUGACGCCGAUCCCUCCGAGUCUGUGAAUACCGAGAGACCGGCGAGGUCGCCAACGGCUCCCAUGGUUACGGAAUCCCCUUUAAGUAAGAAGGUCCCAGCGGCGUCUUCAAGAACAGCAGAGACAGACAGGGCGAGGGAGUGGUCGAAAUACCCAGACGACGAGAGAAUCCGAACGAAAGCCAAGGAAAAAGGCAAAUCCUCUUUGGAGAAACACGCGAGCAAGCCGAAGGUGGUUGAGGUUUGUCCAUGGGAGGCGGAGGUGCAGCAAUCACAAGCAGUGGAGAAACUGAGAAGCGUCAACAUUGGCGCGGCAACGGUGAAACCGGCUGAAGUCUGCCCAUGGGACUUUGAUGAGGCGGCCAGUCAGAAAGACUUGAGCGAUCCAACAGCGAGGAAGACCAGCCCGAAGCCCAGAGGGAAGGUGUCAGGCAGCCCAAAGAAGGCAGAUGUUUGUCCUUGGGACUUUGAGGACAGCACAGCGUGACCUUCAAACCGAAAUGGACGAUUGAACAUGUAGUUCUUGUGUGUCUUUUUACUUUUCUUUUUUUUACUUCUGAAUCCCAAAAUAUUAAUUUUUACAAUUAGUUGGAUGACUUGGAAGAAAAGAUUAUGAAACUCCACAAGUUGCCUUCCUUUCUGUGGUUUUGGAUUGAAGUUGUUGUCUAUUUUGAGAGAAAAAAGGGUCAAUAUAAAAGAAAAAUAUAACAAUAAGCAUUCCAGUUUAUAGUAUCGAUGGAGGUGGUUCGUAGUCUAUACUUAUGCAACUUUCCAUCCAUCAAAGUUUUAUUUGACAGUCAAUGCCCAAAAACAUUUCUAUACUGUCAACUGUUUCUUUCUUUUUUUACAUUUCCAAGACCAUCCAAGCUUGGUUUGGAACAUGACACGAAAACAAUGAAAGGAAAGUGGAUUUUUUUUCCUGUAUAACCAGAAACGACAGCAAAAUACUGCUAAAUGCGGGUUGGGGUGGGGAGAGGGAAACUCCAAAGCGCCAAAGAAAAGAGGUAAAGAGGAAAGAGCGUUGUGUCCGCUCAGAUGGACUCUGGUCGGGGAGUCGAUGGUGUAUCCAGCAGUGCGCACUGUUUUGUAGAGGAAGCGGCCUAUAGCACUUUAGCAACACCUGCUAAACGGUAUUGAGUGUAGGCGGGGGAUAGCAUCACCUAGCAGUUAGAUCAUCCUGAUUGCUCUCUGUUGCAUCCUUAGCAUGACAUUACCCGUUGUGAAAAUCGACGUGGGAAAAUGGUUUUGUCUUUUCAGUUCAACCUAAUUUAACUGUAUUUCUCAACUAAUGCUUCCAAGUCUGCAGAGAUGUACUUCUGUAUGUGCCUACCUAACUAGAAAGGUCUUGUAUUCGGUCUGUUUGUACAGUAGUCCGGGCUAGUAGAGGGUAUAUACACAGCAUGCAGAGCCCGGCAGCCAGAGAAGUCCUACUGCUUGCUCAGCUCAGACUUAGUACUCCAUGCUUUGACGAAUGCGUUCACAUGUGUAUUCUAACCAAUUCUAAUCACUUUCACUUCCUCAUGCCUGUAAAAUCAUCCUUUGCUUCUUGUUCCCAUAUCACUAAAGACUUGUUUGGUCCGGGUGGGCGAAUAUAUUUCUUACAUGGGGACAGUGCAUUGUAAUGGCAAUCCGUCACAGUACACGCUCAGUAAAAAGAGUCACCUACGUCACUUUUGUACAUGAAUCCAACGUAGAGUGUCUGUGUGUGAGUGUGUGUGUGUGUGUGUGGGGGGGGGGGUGGGGGGGGGUUGUGUGUGUGUAUGAAAUGUGUGUACAUGUCUUUCUGUGUACUCUACAUUAAGAUGUUGUCAAUCUCUGGUAACGUGUGUUAGGCUGCACUAGGUGCAGUCUUCGCUGUUUGCUGUUCCCGUACUCAAGAUGUCAUGCAUGGUAGCUGUAAGAGCCAUGUUCUAAUCCAGCAGAGGGGUUCUAGUUAACCAAAAUAUCAAGUUUCCGAACUAUUUGUGGAGUUUGUCGGUACACUAAUAUUUGAAUAAUAUGAGUUGUGUAACAACUAGCACUAAGCCUAGUCCCCGAUCUUCACCUGACUAGAAUCUUAAUCGUGUAGCUUUCAACUUAACCCUAAUGUUUACCCAACCAUACUACAAACGUUUACCCCCAGCCGAACCUCAAAAGCAACAACACAAUCACAUACAUCAAUAUAACAUUCCGAUACAUUUCAUUUAAAUCUUUGAGACAAACAAACCCCAUCCAAACGUUUUGUAGUCAAUUUGGGCUUAACCAAAUAAUAAAUAAGCACAUAAAAAUAGUACAAAAAGGAAGAAAGUAACAUACAUACACAGGUCAAUAUGUCUGCCAUGGCGACGCUAAACAUGAUUUAGAGGUUGCGAGUAAUGGCCGCUGCAGCUGAGUUAUUUGUCCUAUUGACCCAGCGAGGAUGCUGGGAAAUAUUUCAUACUUGGCAGCAGUGGCCCUUAAGAGUGCCACAUUUGUCUCGGCUCCUGGAGUAUGAGCUCCUGGGGGACGGGGGUCCGCGGCGGCGCAGCUCCUUGCCUGGAUGAUAUAUAUGCUCCAGACCGGUCACAUGCAUUGUGACGGCGGAGGGUCCCCUAGCGUCCAAUAUUAAGACAACGCAGCCAAUCCCCCUCCUCCACUCUUAACAUGACCCCCCCAUCGACUCAGGAAUUGGCUCUUCUUAGUUCUGGCCUUAAUGUUGGAUCAGUAAAUGACCAUAAACAUAUCUAAACAUAAUGUUUUGAACCAAAUCACAUCAAUGUUUACCUAUUUAGUGCUCAGUUAAGAUAAUAACCGGAACCUCCGCAUCUAAAUUCAUAUUGAAUCAAAAAUGUUUGUAUUGUUACACCCCUAGUGGGCCUACCAAGGCAAUUACAUAAUAUAGAUAUAUACAUACAUGAAGAAAACAGAAUUCUUUGCCUCCAUAAUUUUUUUCCUGAUUAGGCCACAAAGGGCCGGAUAGAUGAAUACAAACAAUCCAUGAUAUACAUCUACUAAACUUCAGAAAUAUGGAUCUUACUUUUACCAAUACAAUUAUGAGUUAAUGGUUGACUUAAAUAAAUGACCCCUGGUUCUAAAGCCUUUCACCCAGUCUCUCUGUGUGCGGCUGUCUCCCUGUUGAAUAGUGUGUACACAGCGAUACGCGUCUUUGUCUGUCUCUCUGUACCUCAUCGUACUUUGCUCGAGUCACAAGCGAAAACAUGUAAAAAGAAAAAUAACCAUGGCAACCGUUGUUACUGUUUUUCCGACUGUACAGCAACAAUUCUGUGCCCGUUGCUCUUUCUCCAAACCAGUCGUUUAGUGUCUGGUUUUUCAUGCUGAGUGACCAACUUUGUAUUUCAAUAAUCAAUCUAAAACCUGACAACUCUGGAGUCAAAUUACAUCAAAUACUACGACCAAUAUAACUAGUACCACUAAUUGUACUACUAUUACUGCUACUUCUAUUACUAACAGGUACCACUAACGUUACUACAAUACUACUCAAUGCUGUUAAGUUGUUGCUCUUGUGGCUUCUGCAUGAUUUGAAGAAAUUAGUAGGACUGAUGUUUCACUGCCCUCGACUGAACCAAGACAGAAAAAGUUGAAAAGAGAAAAAAAGAAAUACGAAAAAAAAAUACACAGACCGAAUCUUUUAUGGACUGUUACAAGUUGUAUAGUGUGUGAUACUGUACCUAACCCACUGUAUUGCGUGCUUGUUAAACCUACUGCUUAAUAACAGAGCAACUAACUAACAUAUAUGAAUAUUUGUUAGAUUUAUAUAUUGUGUUAUAUUGUGUUAGCAUGUACAUAAAACAUACCUCCACUGCAAUAAAUAUUUAUAUGAAACGGA